UCCCGACACACAACUGAGGUCGCAGCUGUCGCGGCGGGGUCGCUCACAUGACGGCAGCUUCUCUCUCGUCGUCUCAACCUGGCUAGAGAGUAUCAUUAUUAUCAUCGAUAACGGCGAGCGAUCGUCGUUAAGGUCCACUACGGGUGGGGUUGUGUUGCCGUCUCGGUCUGCUUGCUGCUGGAGCUGUGAUCGCAAUGCUACGCGCGUGGUUGAGCGCGCGAGUGGCGUCUCGCCACGUGAGAUGGAGAGGGGAGCCCAAGCAUUGCGUUUGCGCCCGUGCUAAACUCUCAUCCUCUGGUGGCGGGGGAUCUGGAUGGGGAUCCGGGUCACACUCGGGAUCGGGAUGGGGCUGGUGGGGUACGGGGUGGAGCGCCGGGUGGUGUAGCGUAGGGUGGUGGUCAUGGCUGCGGACCCGUUCGUUGGGAGCCAUGGCGACGGUGCUGUUCAGCUGGGAGAGGAACAGCGUUGGAGACGAUGAGAUCACGCGGUGUGUGGUUGACCUGCAGACAGUGGAGCGACUUUCAGCAUUGCCAGGGUCCGACGCGAAUAAUGAAGGCGACGAUCACAUGACCUUGCCCGGCUGGGAGCUCGUGACACAGAGACCCGGGUUUACGCUGUGGAGACGACCGCUCAGCACGACCCACACUCAACUGUAUCAGUACAAAGUGUACGGGACUUACACAGACAUCUCACCUCAGCAAUUUUUAAAUGUGCAGCUGGACAUCGAGUAUAGGAAGAGAUGGGAUCAGCUGGUCAUCAGACUCGACCUCAUCGAUCACGACGAAUCCACGGGGUCAGAGGUCAUCCACUGGGUCACGCACUUCCCGUACCCCCUGUACGCACGCGAUUACGUCUACGUGCGUCGCCACUGGCUUGAUGAAAAGAACAACAUCAUGGUGCUCGUGUCGAGAUCGGUGGAUCACCCUGACAUGCCAGAGUCUUCCAAAUUCGUGCGCGUGCGAUCAUACUACUCCCAGAUGGUCGUCCGCGCACACAGCUCCUUCCAGGAGAGAGGAUUUGACUACUUGCUCACGUACCAGGACGACCCGCAGACCGUGUUUCCCCGUUCCUGCAUCAGCUGGAUGGUGUCGAGUGGCAUGCCGGACUUCCUGGAGAAGCUGCACCUGGCGGCGCUCAAGUCGCAGGACCACGGCGUCCGGGUGUCCGACGCGGCCACCACCCCCCCCCACUCGGAGCCCAGUGGCCACCCCAACGGCAGCGUUUAUGCGUGACCCCUAACCCAGGGAGAGACGGGGGUAGUGAGGAGGUUGGUUUGAUAAAUUUAGAUUGUUUUUCACCCACUGAGUUUUCUUUUUUCGGGAAUGAGUUUUGGCCCAUUUUUGGGUAAUAAAAUUUUGUAAAUAGUGACACGGAUCGGGGAGACAUCUGGAGAAACACGGAGCCAUGUGGAGGGACUCCACUCCAUUAAAAUAGCACGUAGAGCCACCAUCACAGCCAACACCCUCCCACAUAGAGCUACCACCAUAGCCUCUACUCGAUGUCACAUGGAGCCACCUUCACAGCCUUCACUCCCACAUAGAGGCACCACAGCAGCCUCCACUUACACAUGGAGCCAACACCACAGCCUCCACUCCAUGUCAAAUGGAGUCAAGACCACAGCUUUCACUGCAUGUCACAUGGAGCCGCCACCACAGCCUCCAUUCCCACAUUGAGCCACCUUCACAGCAUACAUGCACCGCAAGAGCAAAUAAAUAAUCUCUUGGGGAUAUUACAUAAAUUAGGAGAGCUCACAGUCAAAAUAAAAACAAUCCUAAAUGUACAGAGUGUCAAUUUGAAGACAAUGAUUGGGUAUAUAUACGUACCAAGUGGCUUAUGGAAUGAGCUGAUGGUUUGACACACAAAACUAAACUCAGCAUCACCACCAUCCCAGUGUGGAUGGAGAAGUCAGCUAGUCCAUGUACGUCCGACACCACCAUGGUUUUUCAUGGGCAUAUCUCCGUUAUGAAGGAUGGACACGUUAUUUCUAUCUGAAUUACUAAUCCAAGCGAUGUAUGCUUAAAUGGGCAAUGAGGCAUUGGUGCUCUUCUGUUAACAGAUCUUGAGCCACAUUACUAUGGUGGGGGCGAGUCUAUCCAUAGCACAACCGCUGUGGACUUCCCCCCUCCCCAGAGUGGUUCCUCAUUUUAUCAACCCCAGAGAGAAGUAAACCAGGCACCGAGUCACUGAUCCCUCGACGAGUGAGGAGCAGAUGAUAAUGAUAGAACCAGCGCACGGGUAAAAAUAUAUAUUUUUCCGCAAGCCCGGUUAAUCUGCAGCCCACAUCAUCCGUCCACAGAUAAACGAGAGCUAGCUGUGCUUUGUGGUUGAUAACAAGCAUUGGAACUGUCAAUUGUGGUAGUAGAGUAUCGGGGCUGUACACUGCUGAUGAUCCUAACCACGGUGGAACAGCUGGCCGGUGACAUUUCAGUCACCAAUUGGCUUUGUCUAUUAGACCAGGCUGGUGUGUGUAUGCAUAGAGCCUUGGUGGUGCUUGCAUGGUAUUGUGGGUAUUACUCAUAAUACUUAAAAAAUAAUAUAGCAGUAUAAUUAAAUUGGAGGUUAGGAAUAUAACUUACCAAAAACAUUGUUGUACAUGUAAUAAAGAGGACGUGCAGGGGGGAGGCACAUGUGCAGGGUUGGUACACGUGUAGGGUUGGUGCACGUGCGCAGGGUUGGGAAGGGCAGUCACCCCGAGAGGGGCAUUGGAGUGGCACCCAGAGGUCGGCGACCAGGGAAAAGACCGCGGUGCUUGCAGUGAUGAAACUGAAAGAGCUGUGGGAUCUAUCAGACGGGACGGCUGAUACAGCCGCUUGUGCUAUGGUUGCUGAUGUGUGAACACGUGUCUGCACGGUUUGACUUGUGUUAAUGUAUUAUUCAAUGUUUAAAAAAAAAAUGUAACUCGGCCAUAUUCCACUUGGGCUAUUGGAGGUCACAUCGUGAGAUGUAUGAACUUCCGUGUUUUGGAACGCUUACAGAAAGCAGUGCCCUGAAUGUGUCAGGAUGGUCCCAGAAGGUGAUAUCGCAGAACUACAUCUGAAGUCACGCCAAGAGGCCUUCUUAUCCACACUUUUUAUAUGUCUGGCAAGUAAUGUUUGUCGCAUGUCAAAGACAACUUUUUUUUAUCUCGCAGCUGUAUUUUAGUCAAAUUUCCAAAAAAAAUCUCUUAAUAUGGAGGUGGGGGGAGGUGUUUGUGUGGUGAUUGGUGACUGCGUUGAUACCAUCAACUUGUUCUAUUUGAGAACCCAGUUUAAUCAAAUCAGUCUACGUGAGUCAUUGGGUCUCAAAGCCUCUGGUCUCUAUUUGAGUCCAUGGGUCUCUGGCAGAUGUAGGUGGCCAUGCUGAGACAACCGACUUGCUACACUUGAGAACGCAUUUCAAUCACAAUUGGGCGGUUAAAACCAGGAUUCAAAACCAGGAUCUCGGCGUUGCUGGCAUUGUUUCCGACAGGCUUUACAAACCCGCUGAGCCACCCAUCCACUACUCCCCUUCAUUGUGUGUGUUUGAUAAAAUAUCCGUGCGUUCAAAUGGAUUGCUUCUGUUUCAGGCAGGGAGCCGACUUCCACUUGAGGUUAAAUGAAUUUGAAAUGAAACGCAAUUAGUGUGAUUAGCAUGCAUUGAUGAAUAUAUUACCUACAAAAUUGAUGCAGGUGUUUAUAUGAGAAACGCUCGUGUUAGGUCAACUUUACAUGCUUUUUGUCGCGAGCUUCGGGUAUUUUCUCGGGCCAAUGUUGGGUUCACUGCUCGAGUUUAUCUGGUGGGUUAUGAUGAGAGAUAUGAGUUAGGGGUUGCGAAGUAGGGUGCCUCUGUGUUUAGGUCUGAGUUAGUAUUGGGGUUAAUGUCACUAUUAGGGUUAUAAGUUACUAUUUAGAGGUUAGGGUUAAAUUUACGAGUUUAUGUUUGCGUUAGAGUUUCCAUUAAGAGUUAGGGUGAGUGUUAUUGUAAGGGUCAGAGUUGGUAUCAAGAUUGGUACUAUGCAUGAAUUAGACCUUUAUGCCGUUCAUAUCAGCUGGAACUUGAGAUGGAGCUAUAUAGUUAGGUAUCAAUGUUAGGGGCGAUCAUCACUGUUUGGGUUGGAGUUGAGCAUUAACAUUAGGUUUGGGCUCAAAUCCAAACCCAUAUUUGAUCAAAAUAAAAUCCCUUAACUAUCCGUGCACAGUCGCUAUAAGUUGCGGUGCCACAGCGAACCCUCCAUAAAGACUCGAGUAUUUUACACAGUAGGGUCGCGGAUUUUGCUUCGGGUUAUAUCUUUGCACUAUUGUGGCGUGUAGCGUUGAUUAAACAACUAAGGUGGUUUGCAUUGAUCAGCUAUAGAGCCUCUUAUAAUAAGUAAAGUUGUCCGUGUGUGCGCAUUACGUUACAGAUGAGCAGGAAAUUAUUAUCUGAAUCCUAUUUUAUAACGGGCACUUUGCAAAGCCAUUGCUAGAUGACGACCCUUUCACGCCGCGCGAGUCGUUUGGAUUAUUUGCCCACAAUUCUCUAUGCUGGUCAGUGCCGGUUGGUGGGAGCGAAAGCGGUGGAAGUACCCACACUUUACCCCACCACACACAGGACCUGGCGAUCGACAAACUCGCAGUGUCCCCGUUUACACGGAUUUUGGCAAAACCACUCGCGUUUUCAGACACGGUUUUGAAUAACUAGCUCCACUGAGGGGCCAUCCAUUUAGUACGUACGCAUGGAGGGUUCACCCAAAUGCGUACGCUUGCGUAUGGGGGGUCUACUGACAAUGUACGUACGCAUAGGGGGGGGGGGGGGUGAAGCCUCGAUAAUUUGUCUACAUUGGCCUUCAAAUGAGCGAGAUAGUCCGGCGGUGGACUAUCUGUUUGCUUAAACACGUUAAUAUCAUUAAUCCUUUAUCGUUUCUGCGUGGAUUAAAUAUCGGCCGUUCUAUAGGAUUUGGGG